AUGGCCCUUUACACCGAUCUCAUCAACGGAAAUAUCCCCAUCUCAUACCUCGACAGCAUCCACUUCCAACCUUCCGACCUCUUCGACACCCUUGACCUCCAAAGUCUACCCAGUCUCAUGUCGCCUGACCCUUCCCUCAAAGACCACCAUUCAGAGUCCUUUGACGACGACGAAGACAUGGAUGCCUACGACAUCUUCGCAACUCCUGGUCAUGGUCAGUUGAGGUUGAACCCUGCCCAACUCGCAUACCAACAACAGCAGCAGCAGCAUCAGCAGCAACAACACUGCCACCUUUUGCAGCUCCAGCAGCAGCAUCAGCAACAACAACAGCAACAACAACAGCAACAACUCCAUCGACAACAGUACAACAACAACAGCCACCAGGGGCAACCUAUUCCUACACUCCAACCCGCCGCGGACGCAGAUGAAUCCAAGCCAAAGUCGCCCCUCCAGAUCCUUCGUCCCAACCAUCCUAUGGUCCUCCAGCGCACCCUCUCAAUGCCCUCUCUCCACCAGUACUUCGCCGCCGAUCCUCUUCUUCAAUACCAACAACAACAGCAACAUCCGCAUCAACAACAGCUUCAACAGGCAUCUCAGCCCUUGCCAGAGUCGUUUGCAUCGCCUCACGAUCAGCAGCCGCUUUCUUCGGCCCCUGUCUUUGCCUCUUCGUCCUCAGUCUCAUCCAGCCCUUCUUAUCACGUCCCAGGAGCAUCUCGCUUUGCUCCUCUCUCCGAGGCUCUUAUUGACCCCUUUGACAACUACCUUGCCACCUUCCAGUCGCAGCGUCCUAUCCUCGCCAACACCAUCCCUGCUCUCGAUCAAGACAUGGACCUCAUGAUGCUCUCAUCCUUGAUCCUCUCCCCUACCACCGAGCAAGACGAUACCAGCCUCUACUCUGCGACUGCUUCCAACCCUAUCUUUUCUUCUCCUCUCUCAUGGGAAUCGUCGUCGACCUCCAGAGAGAACUCGCCUAGGUUGUCUCCCCGAAACAUGUCCAUCCAAGACUCUUUCCCAUCCUCUUUACCCUACACUGUCACAUCUCCCUCCUCCACAGCUCAUCAAUUCAGUUCUUCUGCAACGUCAGCCUUAACUUCAGCCUCAGCCUCCUCUACAACCUCUACUUCAACCACCACAGUGCCAACAACAACAGCUAGUCCCAAACGCCGCAAGCGUGUCCGCCCCCCUACUGUCAAGAAGCCCAAGAAGAUCCGCCCAACCUCGUUCCCCUGCGCUGAGCCCGGCUGUGGCAAGGUCUUUACCCGAGCCUACAACCUGACGUCCCACAUGAAGACCCAUUCAUCCGAGAGACCCUUCCCCUGUGGGGCUUGCCAUCUGGCUUUUGCAAGACGCCAUGAUCGUGAACGUCAUAUCCGUCUUCACACGGGCGAGAAGCCUUACUCUUGCUCGAUCUGUGGAGCUGGUUUCAUGAGGAACGAUGCAUUGCUUCGUCACCAGAAGCUUUGCAGUCUUGCCGGUUCGUCCUUUGCGCCUAUGAUGGAUCAUCGUCAGUUCUUGGGUGGUCAUGAUGGUGAUGAUGAGGAGGAUGGUGCUAUGGGUGGAGAGAAGGGUGAUAAUGAUGACGAAGUAGCAGAUUAUGGCCACUAG